UAGCCACGGUUAGCCACGGUUAGCUGACGCCGGCAAAGAUCGUCCCCUGGCGGAACAAGGUCAGACGGCCUCGCUGUCAACCGCAGUGAGGAGGCUCUCUGCCCGCUGCCGCCUCCUCCUCCUCCCGCUGCUCCUCACUGUGAACCAGCCUGCCAGGUGAAGAAUGGCGCUGAAUUAUUCAGGCCCACGCUGCAUGCGAUCAGCGUGACCCGGGAAUGUGCGAGGCUGGCGUCGGGGACAAGGAGAGCGGCUCCCGACAGGAGCGAGUGGCUUCCCGGGGAAGGGUCGCCCUCCCUCUGCGGCCCCUGCGGCCCCUGCUCAACAUGUUUUUUGAGAGCGGAAAGGAUGUAUGGGAAGCCCUGCCUAUCAUUUUUUUAAAGCUUUUUUUUUUUUAAUGCAUUUGUUAUUGUUUGUUUUUGUUUUCUAAAGAUCAAGAGGGAUAUAGUUGUGAUGAUUGCCUCUGAGAGAAGAUGUAAGACGGGAUUCUCUCGUGGCACUGGUUUUUCUUCACCAGCUCAUUGUUGUCGUCUUGUUUUUAGGGUGUAAAUAUGACUUGAUUCACGUCAUGUAGUGUAAAGGAACAGCCUCCACCGACGCCUCCAGUUCACGGCGGCAGCGUACGAGUUUUCCGGCGGUUUGCGCGUCAUCUUUACUUUAUCCCUCGCUCCUAAUCGCCACCUCUCCUGGAAUCGGUCGCUUUAAUAAUCGCUUGCGUCAUUUCUGUGGAUUCGGAAUGCGAACGCACGCUGUCAGGCCGGAGUCCAGCUCGGCGUGCGGCCCGGAGAAGUCACGACGGCGACGCGUUUCCUUCGACGUCUGCUGCGACCCUUUUUGUCUGGACACAUUCUGCCACCCGAAGCCGGCGAUGAUUUUUUUUUUUUUAGAAAUGAGGAAGAGUCGGUCACGAACUGUCGGCAGAGUUUCUCGGUCCAAAUCGAGGGACCCCGCGUUGCUCAGAACCAACGUACUUUGGUCCUUGAUUCGUCUAUUUUAGGAUUGAAGCACAGGAGUAGUUGACCCCCCCCCCCCCCCCCCCCCCCCGCUCCGAUAAAACCGUCACGAUUCACGACUCCUUUUCUCUUUUUUCCGGCGGUGCUAUUUCCGUCCGUCUCCACCGAGCCUUUGUCGAGAGGGAGAAGAGGACGCGGACCUCUCCCGUGAGUGAUGGAGACGAGAGAGUUGACCGUGUUAGCUGGCAGCUUCGUGAGUUUCCAGCUCCUCUUCUCGGUGGUCAGCCCGCGUCUCUCCAUCUUCAUCACCCCGGGUUACGGGCGGCUGCCCGCCACCAAGCUCACGGAGUGGAACUCCAGGUUGGUGUCCACCGUGCACGCUCUGGUCGUGGGCUUGUUCUGUCUGUACAUCCUGUGGUUCGAUGACGUCGUCAACGCCGAUCCCGUCUGGGGGGACCCCAGUCUCGUCAAACUGAACGUGGCCAUAACCUGUGGUUACCUCCUCUACGACCUUGUGCUGCUGGCCUGUAACUGGAGAACCAUGGGGGACAUCUUUUUUGUGUGUCACCACUUGGCGGCGCUCUACGCCUACGGAUACGUGCUGACACGAGGCGUGCUUCCCUACUUCGCCAACUUCCGUCUCAUUUCAGAGUUGUCCACGCCGUUUGUGAACCAACGGUGGUUCUUCGAGUCGUUAAAGUACCCGCGCUCGCACCGCCUGGUGGUGCUCAACGGCGUCGCCAUGGCGGUGGCGUUCUUCCUGGUGCGCACCGCCGUCAUGCCGUCGUACUGGUUCAGCGUCUACGCCACCUUCGGCACGGAGGCGUUCGACCGGCUGGGCCUCAGCGCCCAGGUGGCCUGGAUCUCGUCCUGCAUCGCCCUGGACGUCCUGAACAUCAUCUGGAUGUACAAGAUCGGCCGCGGCUGCUACAAGGUGCUGAAGGGGCGAAGCGGGCGCACGCCCAAGGACGGCGUGGAGAAGGAGGCGGCGGCGGAGGGCAAGCACGUCAACAACCACGCGGACUAAAGGGAGGGAGGGAGGCGUGGACACGGACAUGAGCAGGCGGGGGGAGGCUGGACAUCCAGGAACCCUUGCAGCCUCUCUCUCCCUCCCUCUCUCUCUCUCUCUCUCGCCUCGCGUUCCUCCCGCCCACAUUCUCCAAUCCACCAAUCGCAGCCCUUGAAUCUCCUCGUCCGGGGCUGACGGGUCUUGACCCCCGACAACGAGACAGAGAGAGCGCUCCCCGGACUCCAGCCCAGCGUCGGCCUCCGUGUU